AUGAUGCAGCAGAUUCUUCAGGAUAUGUAUAUAGAGCCUGACCUGUUGGCUGAACUCAACGAAGAGCAGAAACAGAUCCUCUUCUACAAGAUUCGGGAGGAGCAGGUGCGACGCUGGAAUGAGAGCGAGAGAAGAGAUCCAAGCCAUGCUGUGAAAAAGAAAAGCAACCGCAGAGGCAUUCAGUGGCUUCUGGGCUCAGAUGGAGAGGUGUGGGUAUGGGUAAUGGGGGAGGCCCCGGGGGACAAGCCCUUUGAAGACAUUGUGGAAGAACUGAUGGAGGAGAGAGCAGUGAAGCAGGCCCAGCGAGAGGCACAGGAACUUCGGCGUGUGAAGGAGGCAGAGAUUGAAAAGAAGUUUCGAGAUGCCAUGGCGAAGGAAAAGGCUCGCUUCGUGGCAGAAAAAUGGAAGGAGGAGACAGAUGACAGAAAGGCAGCCAAGCAGGAAGAAGAGGAAGAUCGCAUUAGAGAGGAACUGAAGAAAUGUGAGGAGGAAGAGAGACAGAGAGGCGAGGAAGAAAUCAGCCAAACAGAGGAGAGGAGAGCAAAAGAGCUGUACAUCUCUCUGAAGCAGGAGGAAAAGAGGAGAGAGAGAGAUGACAAAGAAUGGCAGGAACAAUUGCGACGCUCCAAGGUGGCGGAUGAGGAGAUGAAGUGCAAGGCACGGCGGGCUAGAGAUGAAUACAAGCGCCAGUCUCUGCGGGCUAUCGAGAAGGGCCUGGUGGCUGGACUCAGCGGCCUGUUCCAUAAGACACACCUGAACGGAUCGGGUCACAACCGACGGCACGGCGCAGUCAUCGAAAAUCCAACCCCUCCAGCUGAGGCCAGCCAUUCACCUACAGCUAGUUCUGGUCAACUUACCUCAGGCCAUUACAGGCGCAGACAACACCGACAUUACUGCAGUCCAGUCACACAGUCGCUCACGGAAUGCCCAGUCUGGAUUCGUCCACCCAGGCCGAACUCUCAUGAAUCCAUCAUCCGCUGGUUUGAAGAGGAACAGAGACCGAGACGAGCGGGAUAUGAGCGAAGUAGCAACACCAUCGCAGCCUGGUUCCACGGAAUAAUAUCACGGCAGGAGUCAGAGGCUUUGCUAGCGAAUGCAGCAGAGGGCUGUUUCUUGGUCAGAGUGAGUGAAUGGAUCUGGGGCUACACGCUGUCCUACCGCACCACCUUGGGCUUCAAGCACUUCCUCAUUGACGCAUCGGGUGACUAUUACAGCUUCCUAGGUGUAGACCAGAACCGUCACGCCACCUUAGCUGACCUCAUCGACUUCCAUAAGGAGGAAGUGAUCACAACGUCUGGAGGAGAACUACUCCAGGAUCCCUGCAGGCCGAGAAGCUCCACAGCUGACUAUGGAGGGCUUUUUCUGUGAGGGUUUCUAUGGUUGUGAAUCUCAAUUUGGCUGCUGUAUCUCUUGCCUUCACAUCCUUCCAACAGCAUGGCACAGCUUUUAUUUAUAGU